UUAUAUAUUGUGCGGAGGUAUUGAAACAUGCUGUGCUUAAAUAAUAUUUAGAAAUUGAAAUAAAAACAAUUGUGUUUAUUACUUUUUAAUUAAAUCUUUUAAUUUAUUUUUAUAAAUCAAUAAUUAAACUAAUUUUUAGACAUUUAUCUCAUUGAUUUAUUACUACCAUUUAACAUACGCGAUAUGAGAUAUAUGGACAAUUAUUGACUUACAUUUUACUUCACCAACCCCAGAAUGGAAAAUAUUAUACAGUCAGUAAAAAAUUUCCGAUGGACAACUUCAGAACUAAUUGUUUACCAAGCAAUUUUUUGUUUUGUUGUCAUUUGGUGUCAAUAUAAAUGGAUCCGUCGGAAUUUUGAAAAAGUAGCCGCAAAAAUGAAAGGACCUAGAGGGUACCCAUUUAUUGGCUCUUCAUUCAACUUUAUUGGAACACCCGAACAGGUUAUGAAAAAAAUACUUAAAUUAGACGAUAGAUUCAGUCCAGGUCCGUUUAAAAUAUGGAUGGGUCCAUAUUUCGGAGUUAUUAUUAUUAAACCAGAGGACGUGCAAGCUGUGUUGAAUAAUUCAAAGGCACUGCAGAAAGAUCGUUUUUACGAUUUUAUUAAGAAUAUUUUCGGUGAAGGGUUGUUAACUGCCCCUGUUCAUAAAUGGCGUAAACAUCGUCGUCUUAUUACACCCUCGUUUAACUCCACUCUUCUUAGUCAGUUUUUCCCUGUAUUUAACGAAAAAAACAAAAUUCUCAUUAGGAAUCUUAAGAAAGAAUUAGGUAAGACGACACCAUUUGAUCUCUGGGACUACAUUGCACCAACAACUCUAAAUUUAAUUUGUCAAACCGCAAUGGGCUAUAAUCUUGACACUCAAUCACAAUAUGGAUCUGAAUUCGAGAACGCAAUGAUAAAAGCUUCAGAACUAGAUUCAUUAAGGAUGAAAAGCCCGUGGUUGUACUUAAACUUCAUGUUUAAACUAUAUCUUAAACUUAAGGGACAUUCCGAUGUAUUUAAUACGUUAUACAAAUUACCCUUAAAAAUGAUCCAUGAAAAAAGAGAAGCCUUUGCAAAGAGGAAGAUUUUAAAGAAACCAGAUGCUGUGGAUGUUACAGAUGAUGAAAGAAAAAAAUUAAAAGUAUUUUUAGACACAUUAUUUGAAUUGAAUGAAGCUGGAGCUAACUUCUCCGAUGAUGACAUUAAGGAUGAGGUUGUGACCAUGAUGAUAGGAGGUAGUGAAACCAGUGCUAUUACAAUCAGUUUUAGUCUUUUAUUGCUAGCCAUUUACCCAGAUAUCCAAGAUAAAGUUUACGACGAAAUUUAUGAAGUAUUUCAAGAUAGCGAUGAAACAAUUACUAUAGAAGACACUACUAAGUUGGUUUAUUUAGAACAAGUGUUAAAGGAAACACUUCGAUUAUUCCCUGUAUUACCUUUGGUAUUUAGAGAACUCCAAGACGAUGUUAAGAUUGUUUCAGACGGUCACGUACUGCCAAAAGGAACGACGUGUGUCAUAUCUAUAUUAGGCACACAUCAUUAUUCUGAAUUGUAUCCAAACCCUUGGACAUUUAAUCCAGAAAAUUUCAAUCCUGAAAAUAUCGCUAAUCGCCACAAGUAUAGCUUUAUAGCUUUUAGUGGUGGCCCAAGAGGUUGCAUAGGAUCCAAGUAUGCAAUGUUGUCAAUGAAAGUUGCGAUGUCUACGUUCUUGAGGAACUACAGCGUACAAACACACUACACAUUUGAUGAUAUCAAAUUAAAAUUAGAUUUAUUAUUGAGGAGUGCUAGCGGUUAUCCCGUCAAUAUCCAACAAAGAGAUAGAAGACCCACAUAUAUACGAAAUAAGAAAUUGUAGGUUUCUACUUUCUACAGGAUUAAGCGUGUGAUUAAUUUAUAUAAUACUAUAAUAUGUAUGUCUUAUUUUAAUUCAGUACCUAAGUUAAGAAGAUAACUUUAGGAAUAGAUUUGAAUUAAGACUUUUAUAAUUUACUUUUUUUAUACAUAAUUACCUACCUAUAUUAUGUUUUUGCAUUACACUCUUAUACCUCCAUUAUUAAAUAAUUUGAACUUAAUAAAUAAUACCUAAUAAAUAAACUCAUUAAUUUUUUGUCAAUACAUAGGCACCUAAUAUUAGGUUUAUUAUAUUUUUACAUUUAUUUAUUUUAAAUCAUAAAUCAUGAUAUAUAAUAAAAAUUUUAUACCUAUUUAUAUUUAUUGACGAAAAUUAAUUCUAGAAAUACCCAUAAUAAAUCAUUGUUCCGUGUUUAUAUAAU